CCAAGGAGCGGAAUCCCGAGAGAGGAGCGCAGCAACGGAACCCAACUCAAUCACAAACAACAAAAACAGUGACGACAGUUAACACCAGAGGACAACAACAACAACUCACACACAAGAACCACACCACAACAGCACAGUGCAGGCAGCGGGCUCUGUGCAUGACAACAGGACUUCUAGCAGCUCGAAGUGUGACGUGACGAGGAGGGGAAGCUGGAAUCCCCCCGCUGCUCCCACUGAACUGCAAGCAUUUCUGAUCCCCCUUGCUGCUCACAGCCAGCCCUGUUCUGAGUGGCCAUGAUUGGGUCCCACGAUGCCUCAAGUGCCCUUAUCCUUCUGGUCCUCCUGACAGGGGCUUCUUCAAUCCCCCAUCUGUCCGACCCCAGCCCUAUCCUCACCCCUGGAGAUAACCUGCAAAGUGCUGUUCCUACUGGGCUGGUGGUGUCAGGAGAGAGGGAGAGAAGGGAUGAGGAAAGACAAUCUAUACAGAAAAGAGAAGCAGAGGAAAAAGAGCAUGAGGACGAGCUGUUUAAAGAUGUGGAUCCCAAAACACUUGCAGCAGUUUUACUGGAGGCACUGAAUCACUCACAAGUAGAGAGAAGGAGGGACGGAGAGUAUGGGAUGGAAAAACAGAUGAAGCCUGAGAUGGAGGAGGUUAAAAAAGAGGAGGCAUACAGAGAAGUGAGAACAAUGGAGGGAGCAGACCGAGACAGAGAUGGAAGACAGGAGUUAGAACUGCUGAUGACUGCACAAGGGAAGGAGCGGGAAAGAGAGGAGGCAGAUGAGAGGAAGAAAGCUCAGGAAGAAGAGGAGAAGAUGACAGAGAGGGUGACCAGUCACACUACAAGCCAGACAGUGCAGGUCCAAAAUCAACAGCAGCCUGCUAUUGCAGAUGGAAGGGGGGUGGAUGGGCUGGAUGGUGUCCCCCAGCAGGAACCAACUAGCCUGGAACAAGGCAACGAGGAGGAGGAGCAGCUCAGCCCAGAGGAGCUGAAGAGCCUCGAGACCAUGAUGAAGGAGUUUCCUCGUUUGAACAUUGCCACUAGGAGGGAGGGAGAUUCAAAGCAAACCCAGAGAGUGAGCAGGGGUUACAGCACCUACAAUGACAUCAUACCAAUAAAUAAAGGCAGCAACCUCGCCAUGUCUAAGAAGAAAAUGAAGUGGCAAGAAGAAACGCAGAAAGCUCUGAACUUCCCAACAUUCAGGGGAGGCAAUUUUAUGGAGGAAUUUGAGGACAGUAAUUACGCUGGUGGUAAUGCAGCACAGUCCCAGCCUCCGUCGCAGCAGGAGGCAAUGGAAGAUGAUGAACCAGAGGAGGAGGAGGAGGAAGAUGAAGAGGUAUUGAGUCCAGAGGAGGAGGAGGCUCAGGCAAAAGCAGAGCAGGAAGAGAUGAGGAGGCAGGCAGCUGAGGCCCAGAGAGCCAAAAUGGAGGAGGAGAAGUUGGCCGACAUUGCCUCAGACAUGCUGCUGCGCUACAUGGUCAAACAGAACAACGGGAACAAGAAAUACAGCUCGUCUCUGUCCAAUGCAGCAGAGGACAAGAGGUCUGAUGAGGAACAGGGAGUGACAGAGGAGGACGAUAUCGAUCCUCAGACUAUUGACAAGCUGAUCGAGAUCUCAAGCAAGCUGCACCUCCCUGCAGAUGAUGUGGUGGACAUCAUCAGCGAUGUGGAGAAGAAGAAGAAGAAAGACGUGCUGCCUGAGAUGACGUCACGUUGGCAGCGCCCCCUAACGCCCCUGUCUGUGUCAUCAUCGACCAAUGACUUUUCAGUAUCACAGACCAAUCAAAUCAGCCCCCCUGUCGCUAAGCAACCCUCACCAGCUGUCAAUGUCCUCAAGACCUGGUUUCAGGAGAAGUCUCCAACAAAAUCGCAGGAUCUCUGGAGCAAAACUACAAAGCCUACAAAUCAAAAUCUUUGGCCAAAACCUCAGAAGGCCUUGUCAGUCAAGCAGGACCCCUGGCUCAAAUCAACCAAGUCUGUUUGGACUGGUUACCCCCCUUACCCCUACACAUACCCCUCCUACUACCAGAGGAAGCACUACUCAGACUAUUACCCCAUCUAUGUCCCUACUCCUCCAAGACCGAAACUCCGCUAUUAUGUCCCCAGACCUGCUCUCACCCUCAACAAUCUCCUGGGAAAUUCAGUGGAUGAUGCGUACACUUUCCCUCCCAAACGCCGUUACCAUAGCUGGGUCCAACCUCGGCUGAGAAAACCCCCCUCAGGCCUCCACCAGAAGCCUUACUACACCAGCUACCCCCUCCCACUGUACCUGCGGACAUUUCAGCCAUUACUCAUCCCCAGACCUCACUCCCCUCCCAGAAUGCCUGUAAUCCCUCCUCAACAGAAGCAGUUUUAUUACUCAGCCCCAGCACCCACAGCGACUAGGAACCAAGAUUAUUAUGUGGCUGGAAAGCAGCCAGAUAGCAGCAACCGUGACGAUCUGGAGAAAUACAUUCAGCAGAUACUCAUGAAGCAACCAGAGAUGUUGGACUGAAGGAGGGAUGGAAGGAGAGAGAAUGGGAAAGAUGGAAAGGAAGCGAGAUGAGACUGUAUGUCUUCAUAUUUUUACUUUGCUGGUAUUCUGUUUCCUAUUACAUAUGUAACACAUUUCUUUAUCCUAUUUUGAUUGGCUGUCAUUUAGAAAAGGACCUUGCAAAGGACUUUUUUCCAGUGACAGUCUGAAUUAAAUGGAACUUUAGUAGGAAAAUGAAUCCACACUCCUCCUCCCCUGUGAAGAAGGGGAAACAGUAUGAACAUGGUCGGUUGGAAAGCAUGAUGCUGCACACAUUUGUAUCAUGCUAUAACUUUUCAUCCAAACUCCCAGCAUCACAACAUUCUCCAUUUGGACAUUUUACAAUGCCAGAAAAGGAGGACACUUAAAUAUGUUGUUACCUGUACCUUUAAUAAAUCCUUUUUCAGAGUCAGAGUGUGAGAGCUGGAUACAUUGUAGGUAGUGAUGGAUGCUGGGAAAUGUUUGAUGGCUGAUGUAAUUCUACUCAAAACAGAACAUUUAUGUGAUAAUCUGUCAGGAAAAAUAUCUCAAAUAUUAUCUCUCAGUAAUGACAUACACUACAUGGCCAAAAGUAUGUGGACAACCAAGAACUGUGGUCAUGUAACGUGAUUCUGACACCAUGUUCAUGAAUGUGCUGCUAUAAAAGCCUGCAGUCUUCUGGUUUCAGGCUUUCCAGCAGAUGUUGGAACCUGGCUGCAGAGAUUUGUUCCCAUUCAGGCACAAAAGCAUUAGUGAGGUCAGCACUGAUGUUGGUGAUAACGUCUGGCUGGUGUUGGAUGGGAAUGAGGUUCUCCCACAGCAAACUGGGAAAAGCAUUUCUAUGGAGCUGACAGGGGUAUUAUCACGUUGAAACAGGAAAGGAACAAACACAAACUGUUGACACAACAAGUUGGAAGGACACUACUAUCUAAAACAUCAUUGUAUGCUGGAGCAUUAACAUUUUACCUCAUUGGAACAAAGACACCCAAACCACAAAAAACAGCCCCAGACCACAAAGGUGUCCAGAUACCUUACUCAUGUCUUAAAGGGGAUACAUUUUUAUGCGCAUAAUUUCUGUGUUGUUUGUAUAAAAAAGCAGCAAAAAAUGUCACCAAAAGAAUUCCUUUUCAUUGUGCAUAUCCACACAUACCCACCUAAGCUGUUUUAAAUGAAAUAUAACACAGCAAAAAGCAUAUUUCAUUUAAAGGGCAGUGGGAGCCACACUAACAUCACUAUAAUGGCUUGGAUGACUCAUCCUUUUGCAUAACUUCAAUUACCUUGUUGCUAUGGUGCCAAACCCUGGUCAAACUGUAUAUGGCAUUCUUUUACAUAUGAUGCCUUCAGAAGAGGAUACAGCUGUUGUGUUUAGUAUGAAGCAGUGAGCAUACUGUUCUUUUACUAAACACGCGCAUUUUAAAAAGACAAGGCUGAUGUGAUUCUGUAUUUUUCUUAAUAUCAACAAAUCCAGUGAAA